UCGUGUUAUUUAACUUCAGCAGUGGAAGAGCGAGCGAGCAUUUCUUUAUUUUGCUUUCCCUCAUAACAAGGACGAGAUUUACUUCUGAAAAUGGCGAGCAAAGAGAAGUCUGUGGUGGCUGAAUGCGCGCUCCAGCUGCGUGCACUUGGAGAUCUGAUCUACUGGAAAUACAUGCUGCUGGAGUUUCUGGCGAGAACUUUACAAGCAGCGAACGAGGAUCCAGCAGGAGGGACAUAAGUCCGAAACAGGAAACUUUGUGAAGAUUAUGACGAAGAAGAGGUCACUGGAAGCCUUCGCAGAUAUGGGUGCACAUUUUCUGCACCCAUCAGGAAAAAAGAAAAAAAUUCUGUGAUGGUGGUUUCUCAAACGGAAGGCGGCUGAGUCGCACCUUGCUGUUGGUCAGCGACGUCUGGGGAAACCUUCUUAUCUGCUAUUUUACUACUUUGGAGGACAAAGGGGACUUUGGACUGUGUGGUGUCGUGGACUCGAUGCAGAACUGGAUUAUGAUGUCUUCUAUGACGGCUUGGUCACAUUCUGUCACAGAGACACGAUCAUAAACCCCUUCGAAUCAGGACGCUAUUUAUAUACAUCUACAUAAAUCCUGUUACAUUUCUAUAAGUUGUUGCUUUAAAAAAGGACGCCAAGAGACUAAAUCUAAUUAAUUGUGCUUUUGGAUGUUUGCAGCCUUUUCUUUUCAGGGUUUAAAAAAAAAAUACUUGACUAAACAUAAUGCUUGACUUUUACCUCAAGUUGGAUUUCAUCUGUGCCAUUUCAGCGGGUUUUAAACUUAUUUUUUAUUUUUUACUUGACUUACUUGGUAUCUCUCGAGGAAAUCAUAUGCCAAGAGUGUGUAAUAACAUGUUCUCUGUAUCAGAUUAUAACCGUCGACCUUAUGUUAUUCCUCAGUGCUAUAUGGCUUGUACAGGAAAUGGGCUUGGGGAAACAGGAAAACCAAAAACACUUAGUAUAAUAGUCAUAAGGAAUUUGGGGACAUUUUGGACGACAUGGUUAUGGAAUAAAGAUACAGGAAGCUGUAACGCAUUGCUGUUUCUGAUGACAGAACGGUGAUGAGACGUUAACAAGAUAUCCUCUGCUUCCACUCUUCAUUUACAUCCCAUGUUCUGUUUAGUCUUCUCCAUCAUCAUUACUGUAUUUGUUAUCCGAUGUCGUCGUCCUCCUAUCGGUGGAUUACCAUCAGCCAUCGCUGGCGGCAGUGGCGUUAAAAUAACCGCCGAUAACCUAAACACGUCACAUAAAAAAAUCCGUUUUAGGGUAUGUGAUUUUUGUCAGUGACAACAAAACGGGGUAAAUCUCACAGCGCAAACCCGGCUUUAAUUUCAGUGAACGAGGUUUACGAACCCCAUCGAGGACUAAUUUAGGUUCAUAGAUUUGGUGAGCACUUUCAAACCCACCGUACACUGUAUUUAUUUGGUGUUGUGUUUGAUGAGGUGGACCAUUUUGCUCUGGGUUUGAUUUGUUACAUUAUUGUGCAUUUUUAUAAUUGUAUUGUGCUUUAUUUUUUAUUCACACUCUCAAUACUUUUAUCUCAUUGUUGGUGUGGAUAAUAAACUGCUCAUUUUGGGAACGGAUAAUUUUGGGAUCCUGAUACUUGUGUUAUGUGGGAGUGUAACGAUUCACCAGAUUCAUGAACUUAUUUUUCCCAUGUUGUUAUUGAAAAAAAAAUAAACGAAGAAAAAUUUUAUGACAAAAAAA